UUAUGCUUCACUAAAUUGAAGUUGCUGCUGCUAGCAAUUGAGAUCAAAGGAGAAGGUGGUGCCGACAGUAAAAUUUCCAUAAACCCAAGAGGUGCCAAGAUCGCUGCCAAUACUCAGGGAUUCUUUAUUGCUCAAUCAGCCGACGAAGUCAAACGGGCAUGGUUUUAUUGCAAAGCAUGUCAUGAGGAUAUCAAGGAUGAGACACUUAUCAAGAAGUGUAAAUGCAAA